AUGUCGUGGCGGCUCUGGUGGGCCGACCCGGUGGCGCAAGACGUCUUGGUGGUACCCAUGGCAAGUGCUAAAGAGAUGGCUUUAGCACUUGCGAUGGGUACCACCAAGACGUCUUGCGCCACCUGCCCGCGCAACAACGUGAUCACACCAGCCAGGAGGUGCAAGUGGUGA